GAUGCCUUGGACACCGCAAAUCAAAACAACUGUUCACGGGGGAGUGUACUCAACUAUGCUAUGAUCUGCAUGCAUGACACGACUGUGCAAACCUGAGAUCAAUCAAGCUGCUCCCACCCAAACAAGAGUUGUAAGGAAGGCUUUGAGACUACAAAAACGACAUCUAGAAGAGUAAUUGUGGUAAUCUCUACCUACCAAGCCAGACAAGUGCAGCGAGCUUGCUACUCUACACAAGCGGUGGUAAUUGCAUUAGUGGCUGCUGCUCAAGGAGACAUGGCACAGCAAAAUGGCUACUAUGUGGACACUAGGACAACUCCAACAGUUUCCCCGGCAACUCUUCUCUCCAGAAACAACUCUACCACUACUUCGGGUUCGUCUUCUCCGACUGACAAACAUUUUGUUGUGGCAGCCAUUGAUUUCGGUACAACUUACAGUGGCUAUGCAUUCUCCUUCACACGAGACCAGGACAGCAUACACAUGAUGAGGAAAUGGGAGGGUGGGGAUCCAGGAGUCUCAAAUCAGAAGACACCCACCACUCUACUAUUGAAGCCUAAUGGAGAGUUUCAUUCGUUUGGCUUUGGAGCACGAGACUACUACCAUGAUCUGGAGGAGAUUGAGGCUAGAAGGUGGUACUAUUUUGAGAAGUUUAAGAUGAGUCUUCAUUCAAGUCAAGAUUUACACAAGGGAGUGGAGUUGCAAGCAGCCAAUGGCAAGAAGAUGCUUGCCCUGAAGGUGUUUGCUUAUGCUCUCAAGUUCUUCAAAGACCACUGUUUGCAAGAGUUGUCUGAUCAGUCCUCCACAAAGAUUGUCAAUGAUGACAUUCGAUGGGUCAUCACGGUCCCAGCCAUUUGGAGGCAGCCUGCCAAACAGUUCAUGAGACAAGCAGCUUACGAAGCUGGUCUUGCGUCUGCCCAGUCCCCGUCUCAACUCAUCAUUGCCCUCGAACCAGAAGCUGCAUCCAUCUACUGUCGUAAGCUGAAGCAACGAGAGCUUAUGCCGGACGACGAUUUCAUUGGAAGCUCAUCUCCAAUCAAUCAUCGAAGAACAAAUAGUUUGACUAGAAAGCCACCUAUUACUGGAAAAACCAGCACAGAAUUUAAGGCAGGUACACGAUACAUAGUGGUUGAUUGCGGAGGCGGUACUGUGGAUCUCACUGUACACGAAAUGGAGGAUUUAGGAACAUUGAAAGAGCUGCACAAAGCGUCCGGAGGUGCUUGGGGUGCAAUUGGUGUCGACAAAGAGUUUGAAAAUUUGCUUGUGAAGAUUUUCGGAAUCGAUUUUGUGGUGAGCUUCAAGAACCAAAAACCUGCUGGUUGGGUGGAUCUGAUGAUAGCGUUUGAGGCAAAGAAACGUACUGCCAGUCCAACGAAAUCCAACCCUCUCAACAUUUCACUUCCAUUCUCGUUCAUUGAACACUAUUCAAAGCUCAAGGGACACUCCGUGGAGCAAGCCAUUCGACGGUUUGGCAAUAAAGAUAUUCGGUGGUCUUCGCAGGGUAUGCUUCGUCUUUCUCCUGGUGCAAUGUUGGCUCUCUUUGAGCCAGUCAUGAGGGAGAUCGUCAGACACAUCAGCGAUCUACUCAAGAAGCCGGAACUAGAGGGAGUCAAGUUCAUGUUUUUGGUCGGAGGGUUUGCAGAAUCUCCCCUUUUACAGAACGAGAUUAGAAUGGCCUUCUCCACUCAUCUCCAUGUCAUCAUUCCUCAAGAUGUUGGCCUCACUAUUCUCAAAGGUGCAGUCAUGUUUGGCCUGGACCCGACAGUGGUUAGGGUUCGUAGGUCAGCACUCACAUACGGUGUAGGUGUGCUCAACAGAUAUGUUCCCGGGAAACACCCUCCAAACAAACGUACCACUAAAGAAGGAGUUGAAUGGUGCACAGACAUUUUCGAUACAUUUGUGACUAUUGAUCAAUCUAUAGCACUAGGAGAAAAGGUGACGAGAAGCUACACUCCUGCAAAAUCAUAUCAGACAUCAACGAUCAUAGGAGUGUUUUGCAGUGACAAGGAACACAACAUGUUCACGACGGACCCUGGAGUGAAGAGGUGCGGAGAGCUGUACCUGGAGAUGCCAGAUAUCACUGGUGGAAAGGCAAGAGAGCUACAAGCAACUAUGCUGUUUGGAGACACAGAGAUUAAAGUACAGGCUGUAGACCUAACCAGUGGUAGGACCGCAAUCGCUAAGAUUGAUUUUCUCAACAAAUAAAAUAACUGAAUGACGCAACUGUUUUUGUACAUUUUGUUGAAUUAUUGUUCCUUUUUUUGUUCACUUUUUUUAUAUUUUGCAUAUCACUUUUUCUCAUAGAGCACUUUCCACCUUUUUUUUUUGAUUACAAUUACAACUAAUAAGA